UCCAUACUUUUCUUUCCCUGUCUCACCAAUACCCACCUUUCUUUCCUCCAUUCUGCUUUCAUUUUCUUUGAAAUUUGGGGAUAUGGAGAAGAUGAGUUUUGUGAAGAAUGGAGUUUUGAGGUUACCUCCGGGGUUUAGGUUCCACCCCACGGAUGAAGAGCUAGUGGUUCAGUACCUGAAGAGGAAGGUUUUCAGCUGCCCUUUGCCGGCUUCCAUCAUCCCUGACUUUGACGUCUGCAAGUCUGAUCCUUGGGAUUUGCCAGGUGAUUGGGAGCAAGAAAGGUAUUUCUUUAGCACCAGAGAGGUGAAGUAUCCCAACGGGAAUAGGUCCAGCAGAGCUACUGGGUCUGGGUAUUGGAAGGCUACUGGGAUUGACAAGCAGAUUGCGAGUUGCAGAGGGCGGCAGCUUGUUGGGAUGAAGAAGACACUUGUUUUUUACAAAGGGAAAGCCCCCCAUGGCUCCAGAACUGAUUGGAUCAUGCACGAGUAUCGUCUCGCCAAUGCCCCAACCUCCCUGCAACCUCCCAACAACAACAACAACAACAACGUAAAAACAACAACACUUAAUUCCUUCUCUACAACAUUUAAGUGUUUGUUGACACACUUGUUUUCCAAUUUUCUGCAGGAGAACUGGGUGCUCUGCCGGAUAUUUUUGAAGAAGAGGACGGCCAAGAAGGAAGACGAGACAACAGAGAUGAACAGAGGUGCAAGUUUAGGGAAUGGUACUAAACCAGUUUUCUACGAUUUCUUGGCGAGAGAGAGGGCGGAUUUGAAUCUAGCUCCGGCUUCAUCAUCAUCAGGGUCUAGUGGGGUUACAGUGCUUUCAUCAAACCAUCAAACAUCGGAUGAUCAUGAAGAGAGUAGCAGCUGCAGUAGUUUCACCACUUUAAGGAGAAAACCUUAAACUAGCAGUCACUCUUUUUUUUUUUUUUUUUUUUUCCAGUCAGUCAAGUACUAAUUUAGACUUUCCCCCAGUCCCCACCCCACCCCGCCGGAAUAACCCAGUUCAGAGACGUAGUAGUUAUUGGCCACUCAAUUUCAAUCUCUUGCCUGCCUGCCACUAUCAUCAAAUCCAGAAUGGAACACCAGCAAAACAAAAAAUAUGUAAACAGGGAAAGAAAGAAAGAGAGACAAAAAUGGGGUUCAGACUUGCAAUCAAUGUUGUACAAAGAUAAUGUUAGAACAAGUUACUUUGUACUUGGCCAAAUCAAACAUUUUCUUCUCACUUGAUGUU